CUCCUAUGUCUCAGUAUAACCGGAAAGAUAUCUUCUCCAGUUCAUUCAAACCACUAAAUGAUUAUCACCUCAGAGUUCCUUUAUGCGAGCAAACAAAGAUCGGUUGGUACAUGGGCCUCCUACGUCUAUCUGCUUUGCUUAUCCCCAGGAACCAAAUCACUGAAAGAUCCUUCCACUUCUCACAAGCAGAUCCAAGUCGUUCGAAUAUGUUUGGCCGAUUGCACUUUUGCUUAGAUUCUCUCAAAAGGAAGCUCUCACGCCUUUGCAAGCAGAAGUAUGGACCAGGUACAAAUAGUGGACUACUUUGGCUCCUGCAGGCAUCUCCCAUUCCAAACCCCUAUCCCCUCAUAACCAACCUAUACUGGAGUGGCAGAAGAAUAAUAAAGCAACCGCUACAUGGGGGAGAAAAGGGAAUCCAGGGAAUUGCUUUUCCAGAUGAGGAUUUAAUAUGA